AUGUUUAUUACUGCUUUGUAUUUACUUAAAACAAAACUUACUGUUAAACCAAAAAUGGUCACACUUUGCAGUUAUCAUGGCAUGAUAGUUUCGAAAUACUUAAAGACAAUCAGAGACUUUAUCAUAUUAGAGUUUGUGUGUAAAAAGUUUUAUUGCAAUAUGAAGAAGUUUCAUUACAAUCCAAUUCCAUUAAAUCACAAAACCAUAUUUAAUUUUCCACACGUUGAAACACUUCAUUUAUUCAACGUGAAAGAUGAAACAUUUGGAAAUGGCAUUAUAAUUAUUUUCAAUGUUGGUUAUACCACAGUUGAUAUGAACAAGAAUAAGAAUUUUAUAUUUAUAUAUAUAUUCAAAAAUGUGACAUUCACAAAAAAUGACAGAAAAAAGUUUGGUAAUGCUAUUUUAAAAUAUGUGAAAAAAAUUGGAGAUCAUUGUUUCGGAAAGUGUAAGAAUAUGAACAGUGUAGAAAUCUCAUUUUGUGUCACAUUAAUUGGUGGAUUUUGUUUUAUGUCAUCACAUUGCAUAUUUACUAUUUUUUACAGAUGUAAGAAAUUGAGUACCAUAUAUCUACCACCACACAUCUUAAGCAUUAGUAACUGUUGUUUUUCUAAAUGUAGUGGUUUAAUUAACAUAACAACACCAUUACAUGUGAAAUCCUUUGGUCAUUUUAGUUUAGGUGAAUGUACUUCUCUGAGCCAUUUAGAUUUACCUACAAGUGUUUUAAACAUAGGCAAUUUCUGUUUCUUUGCAUGUUGUAGUCCUAGUGAUAUUAAUAUACCAUCGAGUGUCACAUCAAUUGGUCAUAACCGUUUUCAUUGUUGUACCAAUCUCACCAGUGUAAUAUUAUCAUCACAGACCACGUCAAUAGAACAUGAUUGUUUCUAUAAAUUUAGUACUCUUAAUAGUAUUAUACUUCCAAUGUCUGUUACUUCGAUUGCGGAAUAUUGUUUUUAA